UCACACAGUCGCUUCAUAUUCUCCAGCCUCACAUCCAUGUGGCCGGCUCUACACAUCUGAACAUCAAGCCUGCACCGUGAUGUGUUCCUCCUCUUCCACUACAUCCCAAAGGUGCUCUAGUGGACUGAGAUCUGAUUAUUGAGGAGUACGGGGCCAUUUGAGUACAGAAACCAGUUUGAGAUGAUGGGUGGCACAGUGGCUCUGUGGUUGGUAUUAAUGGCUCCCAGUGAGAGGCCUGACUCAGGCCUUUCUGUGUGGAGUUUGCUUGUUCUCUCUGUGUCUGCGUGGUUUUCUCCAGGUACUCUGGUUUCCUCCCACCCUCCAAAGACAUACUGGUUAGGUUCAUUGGUGAUUUUAAAUUGCCAUAGGUGUGAGUGUGAAUGGUUCUGUGAUAGACUGGCGACCUGUUCAGGUAGGUAGAGCCGGUUGUCUGCGAACUGAAGGGUUAAUAGUUUGAUCCUAAAGUGGAGCCACACACUGGUGUGUGAAUGUAUGUAAGCUUCAGGCUGUAAUUGUAAAGUUCUUUGAGUACCAAUGCAUAAAUGCACUGUUGCCAUGAUUGGCUGAUUAAAUAAUUGCAUUGGAGACACGUUGAACAGGUUUGCCUAAUAAAGUGGCCGGUGAGUGUGGCUUUUUCCACAAACUAAAUAUUUAAAUGUGAAUAAUGUAUUAUUAGUUCAUUCAUAUUAUUAUUAGUCCAUGAAAAUGCACUAAUACACUGUAUGACAAAAGUAUUCGCUCACCUGCCUUUACAGGCAUAUUAACAAUUAAGUGUCAUCCCAUUCCUAAUUCAUAGGGUUUAAUAUAGUGUAGGCCCCCCUUUGCAGUUAAAACAGCUUCAUCUCUUCUGGGAAGGUUUUCCACAAGGAGUGUGUUUAUGGGAAUUGUUGACCAUUCUUCCAGGAGUGCGUCUUCUACAACAAACUCCCUCAUCCAUGUCUUCAUGGACCUUGCUUUGUGCACUGGUGCACAGUCAUGUUGGAACAUGAAGGGGCCAUUCCCAAACUGUUCCCAUAAAGUUGGAAACACGGAAUUGGCUUGGAAGCUGCUUGGCCAUGGAAACCCAUUCCAUGAAGCUCUUUAAGCACUGUUCUUGAUCUAAUCUAAAGGCCACAUGAAGUCUGUACCUAAUAACUGCAGAAAGUUGGUGACCUCUGCGCACUAUGCACCUCAGCAUCCGCUGACUCCGCACUGUUAUUUAACGUGGCCUGACACUUAAGUGCCUGAGUUGCUGUCAUUCCUAAUCACUUCUACUUUGUUGUCUGUGACAGCUGACUGGAACAUUUCGGAGCGAGGGAAUUUCACGACUUGCUGCACAGGUGGCAUCCUAUCACAGUGCCACACUGGAAUUCACUGAGCUCCUGAGAGCGACCCAUUCUUUCACAAAUGUUUGUAGAGGCAGUCUGCAGUCUGUGGCCAAGGAAUUUGAACAUUUGAACACCUGAAUUUAGUUGUUUGGAAGGAGGAGAGAAUACUUUUGCCAAUAUAGUGUAUAUACAUUUAAUGGACAAUAAACUAAAUUGAGGCGGAACCACUGAGCCUCGCUCUGUUUCAGGGGGGAACAUCUCUGUUGCACACAACUCGCGGUCUUGUUUGACCAAUAGCAAGUCUGAUGUCCCUUCAGUUGUUGCUAUCAUCGUUAAAUCAUGAAUGUUUUCUGCGGCAGUGAGGCUUUCUGUCUGCCUUCAUUUAUCUAGCGGAUGAGACUUUAUUGGAGCUUCCGGAUGCUUUAGAGACACGUCAACAGGCUCCAGCACCUAAUGUUUAUCGUCACCUGCUAGCUGUCAGGUGACGGUAAACCGCUGGAAAUAGCGUCGGUAGCUUUAGAGGUAAAAAACACGCCACAUUUAGCCCUGCUGUGACCCACAGAGAUGCCGCCCAACAAACGGAUACAGAAGAAAACGCUUAAACUGGAGUGUGAAUGGGGUUCGUGUCAAGAGUCAUUCAGUCGGAUGGAAAACUUCUGCAAGCAUGCGGAGGGUCAUCUCAAAGAGGAUGAGGACGAACCAGAAGCUGAGAGAAACUGUCUCUGGAGGGACUGUGGCUUCUGCUCAGUGGAGGAGUCAGAAGAGUUGCGGCGCCAUCUGUUCUUUCACUGUUACCAUACUAAGUUGAAGCAGUUGGGUCAGCAGGUCCUCAAUGCGCAGCCGGAAAUCGGCAGCUGCUCCAUCGCCUACCACAACCGCAACAUCAUCCCUGAAAUCCCAGACAAUUUCGCCUGCCUCUGGGAGGAAUGUGAGCAACCACCGUAUGAAAACCCAGAGUGGUUCUAUCGCCAUGUGGAGAUGCACAGCCUAUCUAUAGAUAUACCAGCAGGAGACUGUGAAUUUCCAAUACGCUGUGCAUGGAAAGACUGUGAAGCUACCACUAAAGGACGUCCUAAACUGCGUGAGCACCUUCGCAGCCACACCCAGGAGAAGGUAGUGGCGUGUCCAGGCUGUGGCGGGAUGUACGCAAGCAACACCAAGUUAUUUGACCACAUCAUACGACAGAGCGCCAUGGAAGGUCAGAGGUUCCAGUGUUCUCAUUGUUCCAAACGUUUUGCAACAGAAAGACUCCUGAGAGACCACAUGAGGACCCACGUGAGCCACUACAAAUGUCCUCUGUGUGACAUGACCUGCCCAUCACCCUCUUCACUGCGCAGCCACAUCAAGUUCCGGCACAGUAACGAGAAGCCAUACUGCUGCGACUACUGUGAAUACAGCUGCAAGAAUUUGAUCGACUUGCGCAAACACCUGGACACCCACAGCAGCGAGCCGGCGUUCCGCUGCGAUGUUCCCGGCUGUGACUUCACGUCCCGUAACCUCGGCACUAUGAAGCUUCACCACAAAAGGGAGCAUGAGGGGGGGUUUGUUGCUCGCUACAAGUGCCAUGUGUGUGGCCAGUGUUUCACCAGGGGCAACAGCUUGACUGUGCACCUGCACAAAAAGCACCAGUUCAAAUGGCCCUCUGGACACCCCAGGUUCAGGUACAAGGAGCAUGAGGAUGGUUUCUUGCGACUGCAGCUGAUUCGUUACGAGAGCGUGGAGCUGACGGAGCAGCUGAUGAGGGAAAGACAAAACCGACCAGCUGAGGAGGAUGACGACAGCGGUCAGACUGAGGGUCAGGACCUGGAGGAAGAAUCGCCAGGGGCAACUCCGUCUGAGGGGCAGGCGGAACUGAAAGGUUUCCUGCUGGAGGAGGAGAGGACUGAGGAGCCCAGCGUCGAGGACAGCAAUCAGGAAGAGGGCAUGUUGUAUGUCCUGACUGGAGGUUUGUCAGAGGUAGGGGAGGACUCUGUCAUGCUGCAGCUCUAGGAUGCUGUUCAGCAACACAGAAGGGAGGAGGUCUGACUUGACACUGUACUCAUCUUAUACUAAUCAAGUGUGCUGUUUCUCAGACAUGGAGAAUGUUUUCUAAGCCUCAAUAGACAGGUCACAUAAGGGUUGAUUUAAUCAAAACCUCUAAGUGCUUAAUAAUGACCCAUCGUAAUAAAAAGCCUAUAUUAGGUUAUAAACCACUUUUUAACUGUUUUAAAUUAUUUUCUUUUUUUUUUUAGUUUUAAGCAAGUUGGCUGGGAAUGCAGCCAAAUCCUUUAAAGGUCAAGGAUAUGAUCCACAAGAAUGGCGUGCUGGUAUUAAAGUUCACCAAAAUGUGUGGAAGUGUGUGUCCUUUGAGUUGAAUAAACAUGUGAAACUUAUAUUGUGCUCAUAUUUUUUUUUUUAAAUAUUGCACAUUAAAAUAUUAAGAUUUUAUGUAAUUGCACAUGACUCAUUGGUUUCUGCAUUUUGUCCUCCAUCUGUACUUCAAUAAUGGCGCCCCCUGCUGAAUGCAAUGUCUCUACUGCAGCUUAAUGAUUUGAUGGGUGUUUAUGACAACAGACGUGUCCACUAUGAGGCAUCAACUUAUAGUAGAUGAGAUGUAGACAUGAACAUCUUCCUAUUACUGUUAUUGUUGUAUCCUAUACAUUCAAGUUGUCCCAGAACUACAAUGAUUAUCCAGUUAACUGAUUUGUCAAUAGUGAGGAGAUUAAGCUUAGCUUCAAGGUUUCUACUUCUGCCAUAUGUGACCAUAAAUCUAGUGUCUUUGCAUUUUUUUUAACAGUCAAAUAAACAUCAAUAAAAAUACUUGUUUUUAUAA